ACUAUUUAAGUGUUUUCCCAGAUCCCCUCUCAAAGGUAACAGAUAAAUAAAAAAUUCAGCUGAAUUUAUUUCAGUUUCAGAUAUAUUAUUAUUAAUGAAGUAUGUCUCUCUAUUAAACUUUUUCAAAAUGUAUAGAAUUAUAUUAUUUUUGGUGUUUCCAAUUUAUGUUUACGCUGAUUGUAAAUAUUCGGUUACCACGGCCAGUGGACCUAAGGCUCCACGAAAAAUAUGUUCGGGCGAUUUGAUUUUUCAAGAUAAUUUUAACACAUUAGACAAGGACAAGUGGCAACAUGAACAGACUCUUUCGGGAGGUGGAAACUGGGAAUUUGAAUGGUACUCCGAUGACCCAAAAAAUAGCUACGUGAAGAAUGGUAAAUUACAUAUUAAACCAACACUUGUAGCAGACGAGUAUGGAGAAGAUUUUUUAUACCAUGGUACAAUUGAAAUCCCAUCUAACAAAUGCACUCAAUCAGAAUGGUAUGGUUGUAAAAGAACUGGUACACCACAAAAUAUAUUAAAUCCAAUUAAAAGCGCCCGUCUUAAUUCGGUGAAUUCUUUUGCAUUUAAAUUUGGAAAGGUUGAAAUUAGAGCUAAACUUCCUGCAGGGGAUUGGUUGUGGCCAGCGUUAUGGAUGCUUCCUAAGGAUUGGAAAUAUGGGGGUUGGCCAGCAUCUGGCGAGAUUGAUAUAUUGGAAAGCAGAGGCAACCGACAACUAUACGUCGGUGAUGUGAACAUUGGUGUGGAACAAAUAACAGACACACUUCAUUGGGGUCCCGAUCCCAGUCACAAUAGAUGGGAGAGAACACAUUUUGAAAGAAAUUUAAAAAAAGGAUACAACACCGGUUUUCACAAGUACCAACUAGAGUGGACCCCUGAGCAUAUUAAAAUUUCUGCCGACAAUGUGCAAAUGGGAAUAAUUACGCCACCUGCAGGUGGAUUUUGGCAAUAUGGGGACUUACAGGAUUCCGGAUUCCCAAAUCCAUGGACUAAUUCCAAAAUGGCUCCAUUCGAUCAAGAAUUUUAUUUAAUUUUUAAUUUGGCAGUAGGAGGAACUAAUGGCUACUUCCCAGACAAUAUAGAUAAUUUAUCGGGACAAAAACCUUGGUCUAAUGAAGCAGACAAUGCUCCUACUACAUUCUGGCAGGGAAACAAAGAGUGGCUACCGACUUGGAAAAGGAAUACUGAUGAUUCUCAUCUACAGAUUGAUUACGUUAAAGUAUGGGCUCUUUAACAUACGAGCUAAGAUAUUAAAUAAACAAAUACCCUAUUUAAUUUUUUAUUAUUUAUUCCUAUUUAGCUUACAAUUCUUCAGUUUUUGGGUCAUUUUCAGAAAACCACUUCUUUAGGAAAAACGAUA